AAAGUGUGAAGCCUGCGCUCUGUGUUUGGCUUUCCGGGAGAGACUGGGAUGCGAGCGCUGUGGCAGAAGAUGUCUGCGGAGGGAAGGGAUGCGUCACUGGAUUAGUGCCUGAGAAUCUGUCCCUGCCUCAUCUUGAGCCUGCUGAGACGCCUCCAGAAGGGCACAAGACUUGCCGCUCGAUUCCCCUCCACCAAGCCUUCCACAUGAGCCGGCCAAGCCUUACCUCUGCACCAGGAUGAAGAAAGACAAGAAACCGCAUGCUUUACUCUUUCUCCUCCUGCUUCACUACAGCUUGGGACAAUCCGACUACGCUCCAUAUUUUUAUGACAAUGGCCCCAGCAGCACGAGUGGAAAUAUGGCUUUAUUCAGUAUCUCUGAGGAUACACCAGUUGGAACACAGUUCUACAUCUUGAAUGGUACAGAUCCUGAGGGGGAUCCGGUACGAUUCGGUCUCACUUUUGAAAAGGGCUCCGCAGAAUAUUUCCGAGUGGAACCCAAAUCAGGAAACGUGACUCUGAUUCAGGAACUUGACAGAGAGAAACAAGAUGAAAUCUCUGUGCUUGUGAGCAUAACAGAUGGAUGCAAUAAGGUUGUUGAGACUGUCAGAGUGUUUGUAACGGACGCAAACGACGAGCCACCUGAGUUUCAAAACCUGCCUUUUAUCAUUGAUAUUCCAGAGGACACAGCCCCAGGAAGCAGCAUCUACAGAGUCCACGCGGUGGACAAAGAUCUGGGUUCAGGAGGCAGUGUUUCAUAUUACCUUCAGAAUUCUGCACUUGCCAAGUUCACCAUUGAUGGACACAGUGGGAUUCUCAGAGUGAAACCCGGCGAGACUUUGGACUACGAGACCACAGCAACACAUUUUGUGACUGUGGUUGCAAAGGAUGGAGGAGGAAAGUACAAGGGAAAACACCAGGUGUUGACCGCCACAGCGACGGUCACCAUCAAUAUCCUUGAUGCUCAAGACAUGCCUCCAUCAUUUGUUGGAACGCCAUACUUUGGUUACAUCUAUGAAGUCUCAGUUCCUGGUUCUGAAAUAUACACAGUGUAUGCCAAAGACGGCGAUCAAGGCAAUCCCAACCCUAUCCAUUAUUCCAUUAUGAAUGGCAGCGAUGGUGUUUUUGACAUAAAUAGCACCAGUGGAUGCAUCACUCUGACAACGCACCCAUCUCUGCUGAGAAAUGAACUCUAUGAAAUUAAAGUCAAGGCAUCAGAGGUUGGGCCAUAUGACCAAAUGCUGGACUAUGACAUUACAACAGUAACAGUCCGAGUGGUGGAUCUCAACAACCAUCCUCCUACUUUUUAUGGAGAAAAUGGACCUCAAAGCAAAUUUGAAGUGACAAUGUAUGAGCAUCCACCAGCAGGGGAAAUCCUCCGAGGCUUUAAGAUCACUGUCAAUGAUUCUGAUCAGGGAGCUAACGCUAAAUUUAAGCUCAGACUGGUGGGGCCCAACCGAGUGCUUCGAGUGGUUCCCCAGACAGUCCUGAAUGAAGCUCAAGUGACCAUCAUUGUGGAGGACACAUCUGGCAUCGACUAUGAAAAGGGAUCAACCCUUUCUUUUAAGCUGCUGGCAGUUGAGAUUGACACCCCUGAGCGGUUCAGCGCUACGGCCGACAUAGUGAUCAACCUGCUGGACACAAAUGACAACAUCCCCACGUUUACAUCAGAGUAUUACAUCGCCAGGGUGCCCGAGAAUUCCCCGGGAGGCUCCAGUGUUGUUUCUGUAAAAGCAAAUGAUCCAGACACAGGGCCUUGGGGGAUAGUCAAAUACACAAUUUAUGGAUCGGGAUCAGAUUUGUUUACCAUCAACCCCUCAUCAGGCCUCAUCUCCACGCAGCCCUGGACCAGUCUGGACGCAGAGGUCCGAUCAAAAUACAACUUUUACGUCAAGGCUGAGGAUUCUGAGGGCAAGUACAGCUUGGCAGAAGUCUUCGUCACCGUCCUUGAUAUGAAUGACCAUUCUCCGGAAUUUGAUGAGAAACUCCUGGAGAAGACCAUGAUUAUUGGAUCACCCGUCAAAGUAGAGGCAGUGGAUGACGAUGCGGAGUCUCCAAACAACAUCAUCGAGUAUUUCAUCAUGAAAGCAGAUCCCGACAACGCUUUUGACAUCAACGCAGACACUGGGGAGAUCAAACUUAAGCCCUUCAUAAAAUCUAUGGAGAUUGUGCAGAACAUCACCAAGCAGAAAGACUGCAAGUGGUCUUUGGUUGUCGAGGCCAGGGACCGAGGCUCCCCAUCCUUCAGUACGACCGCUGUGGUCAACAUUGAUAUCACAGAGGCGACUCCUCUCAAGGGGCCUAUGGCGGCCUUUUUAAUGAAAAGUAGGGACAAUCCUUUGAAAGCUCUAGGCAUGGUCACUUUUAUCAUUACAGUAUUAGUAGGAGUGACAGUCAUGAUCUCUACGGCUAUGUUUAUGCGCAACUCAAAGUCCAACAGGAUCAUGCCAACACGGCGCAUCAUUAAGAAGCGACCCAGGGACCAUCAGCCCUGGACCUUCAGGAUGCCUGUGAUCAGGUUCAGCAGCCCUGCUGACAAAUUCCUCGUCAGUGAUCCAGAGAGCACCCCCCAGGGGAACAACAGCACCCUCCGGCCAAAACCUCCACCCCCUAUUGCUCCUUGUCUGCCUCCUCCACCUCCAUCUAACUCGCGACCCAUGGAGAGGCCCAGGGCAGUCCCGACGAUAUCUGGUGCACUGGCUUCCAAAGGCUCCAAGAAGGCAAAAUCUGGCCGCCGCAAAGAGGGAAACAUCAGCUCUGCUUUAGUGUCUGAGCUUAAAAUGAAGCUGGAGCAGAAAAUCAAUGAAAACAACCAAGGUUAUUAUUAACCCAAACUACGCAAGCUGACUCAUUCUUUGACAGCUCUACUGCUCUUAACCCAUCUUGAACUCCAUGUAAUGAUCUGGAAGAUCAUGCAUUCGAGUAAACUGUAAAAAAACAGAAGGUUUACAGAAUAUUAUGUCUUAGGAUGAGACAUUAACGUGGGCUGAACGGCAGUCGGCCUUGUUUCGGUAAGGACCACACCGCCAUCUUGAGGAGGAUUACAUCAUCUUAAGCAAGAAGCAUCACUGCAUCACUCAUGCUUUGUCCACAGAAAAGACUACAAGGACUAACUGUGUAUAAGACAUUUACGACACUUCCUGAAAAGGUUAGUGCUCACAACCCGGCAGUGUUUUCAACACAGUGUAGGAUUUUUAAGCGUAAAUCCAGAAUUCUCGCUCAUAUGAGCACGCACCUGGAUGACGUGUUCAUGAAAGACAGACAGCUCAUGAUGAAGUGCUAAAAGACCUGUGUGUUGAUAUUUUUACUGUGUUACAUCAGCUGCUUCAAAGCUGAGAAGUUGCUUAUUUGUAUGAUUACAAUGUGCCACUGUAGUAACACAAGCCUGCUUUUAUUAAUAGAGAAAUGCUUUUAUAUAAAUGUUCAUUGGUCAAUUUAAAAUGUACAGCAUUGAAUUAUUUGGAUUAUUUUAAAGCUUACACAUACAUAUAUAUUUAUAUAUACAUAUAUACAUAUAUAUGUAUGUAUAGACAUGUACAUAAGAUUUCAGGUGUUAUGUGAAACAGUAACUAUAAGAUAAAAAUUUAAAAAACCCAUUAACAAACCCACAAGUGGGAUGUAUCUGGCAGCAAUUAGUCAUAUGCUUGAAAAAAUUGCAUUGUUAUGUGUUUGUAACUUGCUUGGACAUUUCAAAUAAAUGUUUAUAUGUAGAGACAUAUUUGAAAAUAGGAUAUGUGUCAAACAUUUGGGAUCUAACUAUAUCUUAACUAAAUGAAAUAAGUUAAGAUCAAUGAUAUAUCAUUAACAUGAAUUACACAUGCCUGGUUCUUCUAAGUAACAUAUUUGUACCGUCUUUGUACUUUGUCUUGA